AUGCCUUCUCAACGGCGCAUGCGGCUCCUUGUCAUUGGGGUCGUCGCAUUGCUUUUCUUGACCUUUUACUACUCUGGCGAAGCAAGCAAAAUCCAAAACCAAAAGUUCUACCGCUCAACUCUUGACGCCAUGAAAGCGAAAGAGGCAGCCAAGCACGCCAAGACACAAGAGAAGAUCCAGAAUGCUAUGCAUCCGCCAGGACAGGAUGGUGCAGCAGCAGUCAAGGUGCAUAGCGCGGAUGCCGAGAAACCCGCUAUACCACCUGCUGCAGGGAACGAGGAUGUGGAGGAGAUCCCCAUCGCGGGACGGACGAAGAUGACCGUACCCAAGAACAAGGCGAAUACGGAUACAGAUACACCCGCAGAGGUUGAUUCAAGCUCCAACAUUAAGAGUGAGGAAGAGGAGAAAGAAGAGAGAGAACGGGCGGAGAAGGCGAAGAAGGAACAGGAGGCGAAGACGGAGUUGAAUGCGAUUCUCAAGCGCGCUCCAGUCAUUGUCUUCUCCAAAUCCUACUGCCCCUACAGUAAGAGAGCCAAGACCAUCCUGCUCGACCACUACUCUAUCCAACCGCAACCGUUCGUGGUCGAAUUGGACCAGCACCCACUCGGGCCAUAUCUGCAGGCCCUGCUCGCCCAGAAUACCGGGCGUCGCACAGUCCCCAAUGUUCUCGUGAGCGGACAGAGUAUCGGAGGUGGAGAUGAUAUUGCUGAACUGGAUCAACGCAACGAGCUGGCAUCGAAGCUGCGACAACUAGGCGGGAAAUGGAUCGUGGAUGUCACACACAAGGUGGACGAUUCACUGUGA